CCAUGACACCUCUCUCUAAGCUCUUCAACAAGCUUUGUGGGAAAGCUAUACUCCUAUUAGCAUACUUGCUAAUAGAACUCUUCAUCCUCAUUCAGAAGCUAAGGUCACGUCCAAUUACCACCCGGCAAUACCUCAAAUUCAUUGAGAAGAAGAACCCCACGAUUUGCUACACCAAAAGAUUGAAGGGAGAGAACGUUGUAGAGUGUAGUGUGUGCUUAUCCGAAUUCAAGGAAGGGGAGAAGGUGAGGAGCUUGAAAUGCAAACACACAUUCCACAAGGAUUGCUUGGACAAGUGGUUGCAAGAAUAUUGGGCUACAUGCCCACUUUGUAGGAAACCAGUGUUGCCACAUGAUGUUGUGUCCAAACAUCGUCAGCAUCGAAAUCAGGAAGAGGCAGGUUCUAAUGGGAGCAAUCACCACCACCUUCCUUUUCUUUUGUCAGCAUUUCGCAGUAAUAACACUUUGCAUAGAUAUCUCUGAAU